AUGAAGCCAUUGCAGAACAUUAUUACCUGGGAUGAAAAAUCUUUGCUUAUCCAUGGAGAAAGGGUAAUGAUAUGGAGUGGUGAGGUACAUCCGUUCCGACUUCCUGUACCAUCCCUCUGGCUUGAUGUUUUUCAGAAGAUCAAAGCACUAGGCUUUAAUGCUGUUUCCUUUUAUGUCUAUUGGGCUCUUCUGGAGGGCAAGCAAGGACGGUUUUCAGCAGAGGGUAUCUUCGACCUGGAGCCCUUCUUUCAGGCCGCCACAGAAACUGGAAUAUAUCUCAUUGCUCGCCCAGGCCCAUAUAUCAAUGCAGAGGUAGCAGGUGGUGGCUUCCCUGGCUGGAUUCAGCGAGUGAAUUCAACGCUUAGAACUUCAGCUCCUGAGUUCGAAGCUGCCACUGAUAACUACCUGAGCCACAUCUAUAAAAUCAUAGCCAAAGCACAGAUCACGAACGGGGGUCCCAUCAUCCUUCUUCAGCCGGAUAACGAAUUCACCUACUCUGCUCGUGGAUUCUAUCAUCCACCAGAUCCUGCAUUUAUGCAAUAUGUGGAAGAUAAGGCCCACCAAGCUGGCAUAGUCGUGCCGAUAAUAGGAAACGAUGCCUGGGCAGCAGGCCGGUUUGUGCCUGGCUCUGGCAAAGGGGAAUGGGAUAUAUAUGCUUACGACCAAUACCCUUUUGGAUUCGAAUGUAAUGAUCCACAAGGCUGGCCAACUAUAAGUGCGGACACUGGAAGUUCAACUUUGACCACGGACUUGUACUCCAGCCAUAUGCGACAAAGCCCUUCAACUCCCUUCAGCAUUCUCGAGUUCCAGGGUGGAGGUUCUCCGCCAUGGGGUGGAUCCUCGUAUGACCAAUGCGCACUGAAGACUAACCAAGAGUUUGAGAGAGUGUUCUAUAAGAAUCUCUUAGCUUCCAGAAUUGCUAUCUUCAACAUCUACAUGAUAUUUGGCGGAACAAGUUGGGGAUACAUUAGUUAUGCGGGAGGGUAUUCCUCUUACGACUACGGGGCUGCUAUCGAAGAAGAUGGCAGAACAUUGGUCCGAGAGAAAUAUUCAGAGCUCAAAACUCAGGCUCAGUUCAUCAAAGUGUCACCUGGAUACCUUGAAGCCACCCCAGGAAACAUGACGGCAGGGGUCUAUAGUCAGAAUACGGACGUGACUGUCACACCUAUGACUGGAAACGGCACUGGUUCCUUCUUCGUGGCGAGACAUACUGACUACUCGAACCUGAACUCUACCAACUACACGUUACAGCUACCAUUGUCCUCUGGAAAUGUUUCAAUUCCUCAACUUGGGGGAUCUUUAACUCUCAACGGCCGAGAUUCGAAGAUACACGUGGCUGAUUAUCCAAUCGGUGACAUCAUGCUCCGCUACUCGACGGCAGAAAUCUUCACCUGGAAGCAGUUUGAAGAUAAAAAAGUAUUAAUUGUCUAUGGGGGCUCUUCUGAAUUGCACGAAAUGGCAAUAUUGACUUUAUCAAAUCCGUUGCUAGUUGAAGGUACCGGAGUAAAAAUAGAACGCUUUGGUACCACAGCCAUCAUGCAAUGGAAAACAAGCUCUAGCAGAAGCAUUGUGCAAAUAGAUGAUCUUUUCGUCUAUAUUCUUGAUCGAGUCUCGGCCUAUGACUAUUGGGUGCCUGAUCUUCUAGCGGAUAAGAAGAUGGUUUCCAAUAGCACCGCACUACAAGGACAGGCAUCGGUUAUCAUCAAUGGGGCCUACCUUGUCAGAUCAGUCUCCAUCGACAAGAAUUGCCUCUUUAUCAAAGCGGACUUUAAUUCUUCCUCUACCAUGGAAAUCAUCGGUGUUCCAAAGUCUGUUUCAAAGCUCGUUGUGAACGAUGGAGAGAUAAAUUUUUCAACGGCCAGUGAUGGUUCUUGGGUUGCGCAGAUCCAAUACACCCCCGUGGAAUUUCGGAUUCCUGUAUUGUCUAGUCUGAACUGGAAGUAUAUGGAUUCUCUCCCGGAGAUUCAGCCGAGUUAUGAUGACUCUCAGUGGCCAGCUGCUGAUCAUGCGUACACAAAUAAUACUUUGGCACCACUUCGCACCCCUGUCUCUUUGUAUGGUUCAGAUUAUGGAUUCCACUCCGGUGUUUUGAUCUUUAGAGGUCAUUUCAUCGCGAGCGGUUCGGAGUCAUUGCUUAACAUAAGCACUAUGGGAGGCUCAGCUUUCGCAUCAAGCGUAUUUUUGAACAACACAUUUCUAGGUUCUUGGCCCGGGGACGUUGCAACAUCAAUCAAAGCCUCGAAUUACAAAGUCCCAAAGCUCUACCCAGGAGAAUCAUACGUCCUCACGGUCCUCGUUGAUAACAACGGAAACGACGCAAACUGGCUUCUUGAUUCGGACUCGAUGAAGAAUCCACGCGGCAUAAUCGACUAUUCGCUAUCGUCCCAAACGGGAUCCGUCACACCUCUUACGUGGAAGAUCACUGGUAAUUUAGGUGGUGAGGACUAUAUGGAUCAGGAGAGGGGCCCACUUAAUGAAGGAGGGCUUUUUGCGGAAAGGCAGGGCUAUCAUCUUCCCCGCCCACCUCUAUGCAAAUUUAAAGUGGGAUCGCCCUUCGAUGGCAUCGAGAAGCCUGGAGUUGCAUUCUAUACCGCUCCACUUGAGCUUGAUUAUCCGUCUCAAAAAUACGACAUUCCAAUUACCUUCAAUUUCGAGAACAACACAGAGGUCUCUGGAAAAUAUAGGGCGAUACUCAUCGUUAAUGGCUUCACCUUCGGGAAGUAUAUCAGCCACAUUGGCCCACAGACGAGUUACCCCGUUCCCGAAGGGAUUCUCAAUUACGGUGGCGAGAAUUGGAUUGGAUUGGUUCUAUGGUCUAUUGAGCCUGGAUGGGCCAAGGUUCCUAAUUUGACCCUUUCUGUUAAAAAUCCAGUGAUGACGGGGAGGAAGCCCGUCGAAGUCGUAAAUGCUGGCUGUUGGGAUCGGAGACAAUUGGCAUAUUGA